UGCACACGUAGCCUAGCAGAUCCCCAAGCAGUUGUGCUGAAAUGCGUUCGGUUUGAGUGCAAGAAUGAAACGCCAACAAUUUUCCAUUCGAAUUUGUAUUCAUCGACGUAUUGGUAAGUCUUGUGGAUUAUUCCAACAACGCCUAAGACCCCAGAAGAAAAUUGGUUUAAACCAGCCUGAGUCGGUCACGAUAUGGUUUCAACACUUAGCCUAUGUUAUAUCAGCUGUUCAACCCAUAUACUCAACUAGUCCACCAGCAUGACCACCAUCUUACUCUACCGGCCCUUCCAGCUUUUAAACUGACUAGCUAGAAUUUAUGCAGAAUCGCGAGUGGAAUGUAAAGCUGGGAAGUCAAUGCAUAAAAACUUUUGUCAUAAAAUAAAAUGGCAAAUUCUGGACUGAAGUGGCAACAAAUGAUGCACACUGAAAGGUACUGUUAGUUGAAAAUCUCUUUUUGGAGUUUGUGUAGCCUGUUGCCGACACAGGCAAUUCACGUUUUAAGUUUCUUAAAGCAAAUUAUUUCUCAAAGGGAGAGUGUAAUGGACUUAAGAACUACAAUAAAAGUACAUAGAGAAAUUUAACAAUGGUAAAAUUAACGCUGGUUAAAAAGAAAAUGUUGGUGGGGGGGUCUUUUCUUCAGAAGACAGACGUUAUUCUUUUUACAAACCCGCCUUAUUGAACCAAUAGAUUUUGAAUAUAACAUCAUGGGCCAACAGCUUCCAAUGAAAAUUAUUUUGACGUCAUUAGCAACGAGGGCAUGCAAAUUUGCAUACAUCUCUGGCCAGACACUUAAACAACGACUCAGAACUACAUUCUGCCCACAUCAUUGCAAAAUGCCUGAAGCUGCCAAGUCAGCGCCCAAGAAGGGCUCUAAAAAAGCCGUGACGAAGACUGCUGCGAAAGGCGGAAAGAAGCGCAGAAAGAGCAGGAAGGAGAGCUACGCUAUCUACGUGUACAAGGUGUUGAAGCAAGUCCAUCCUGACACCGGCAUCUCUUCCAAAGCCAUGGGGAUCAUGAACUCGUUUGUCAACGAUAUUUUUGAGCGUAUUGCUGGUGAGUCUUCCCGUUUGGCUCACUACAACAAGCGAUCCACCAUCACUUCAAGGGAGAUUCAGACCGCCGUGCGCCUACUACUGCCGGGAGAGCUGGCCAAACACGCAGUGUCUGAGGGCACAAAGGCUGUCACUAAGUAUACCAGCUCUAAGUAAACUGUUGUGGAAUAGUUCUUGACCCAAAGGCUCUUUUAAGAGCCACCUACAUUAUCAAUAAGAGGCAAAAAUUAACAAACUAUUAUGUUUAUACUUUAAUGGAAUCGAUAGACGAUGGAAAACCCGGCCCUAGGUUUAAUGCGUGGCGAGGCUUCUAGGUAUUUUGAAAGGGUUUGUAAUGUAGCCGGAAAGCGUUCAUCGCUGACAUUAUGCAUAUACAAGUGGCUGUUCAAUAUUAUUGGGAUGGCAGGUAUGCCAUCCCGCCAAGUUACGCCUUGGCGGGGCAUGCCCCAUACCUAUACAGCACCGAGAGUUUGGUACUUUUCAGGGUUCACCACAGAAAUAACCACAAACACUCAGCCCUUAAAAACAUUAAAUUCUGUACAUUCUGACCCCAUUUCAACUUCACAUGUCCACACAAUAAAGCCCCAGUCUAAGGGGAUUUUGCGUUUUCUCCUCUUUUUUAUUCUUCCUGCCGCCUAUCCCACUAACAACAUGUCUCCCCAUUGGACAUUUUACUGACACCAGCCAAAUCUUCACCUACACGACCCAAUCAAAAACUCACAUACACACACAAAAUACCCAUACCUUUUUAUUCUGGAACAUUUCCAGUUUAAACAGCUAGUCUGCUGUGGCCUAGUGGGCAGUGUGGGGAACCUUGAAAAGUGUCAAACUCUCGGUGCUGUAUAGGUAUGGGGCAUGCCCCCGCCAAG